AUGCCUCUCCUCGGCACAACCGUGUCACGUCGACACUCCCUCCCCGCCUCUCUGCUUGUCUGUCAGCCUGUCUGUGUGUGUGUCUGUGUGUGCUUGCGCGUGUAUCUCAACUCGUUGAUGCGUGGUUUGACGGCCGGCAACCGGACUCCAACGGCUCAAGGCGACCGGCCUUCUCGGACGAUCAGAAGCGAUGAUGCACGUGGCUUCUGUCGACCGAAUCGCGCCAAACGCCAAACGCCAAACGCCGGACGCCGGACGACGCACGUCGAGCGCCAAAACGUCAAACGCAAACCGUCUGGCACCGAGUGA